UCCGGAGCGACUGAAAGGCGGAAGUGGAGGCCGGAGCCUGGUCCACCGCCGGGGGGGAGAGGAGCGGAGUCUGUGCGAGCCCCGGCCCCAAGUAACGCUGCCGCCCCGGAGCCGCGUUGGAGGCCCCCCUCCCCACUAAGUGCCUCUUUGCAUAGUACCAGCCCCGCCCGCAAGCUCACUGGUACCACUUCCGUCCAACGGGCCAUGGCGGGUCGGGGAGGCGCAGCACGACCCAACGGCCCAGCCGCUGGGAACAAGAUCUGUCAGUUUAAGCUGGUUCUGCUGGGGGAGUCUGCGGUGGGCAAGUCCAGCCUUGUCCUCCGCUUUGUCAAGGGACAGUUCCACGAGUACCAGGAGAGCACAAUUGGAGCGGCCUUCCUCACACAGACUGUCUGCUUAGACGAUACAACAGUCAAGUUUGAGAUCUGGGACACAGCUGGACAGGAGCGGUAUCACAGCCUGGCCCCCAUGUACUAUCGGGGGGCUCAGGCGGCCAUCGUGGUUUAUGACAUCACCAACACAGAUACAUUUGCACGGGCCAAGAACUGGGUGAAGGAGUUACAGAGGCAGGCCAGCCCCAACAUCGUCAUUGCACUUGCGGGUAACAAGGCAGACCUGGCCAGCAAGAGAGCUGUGGAGUUUCAGGAAGCACAAGCCUAUGCAGAUGACAACAGUUUGCUGUUCAUGGAGACAUCAGCAAAGACUGCAAUGAACGUGAAUGAAAUUUUCAUGGCAAUAGCUAAGAAGCUUCCCAAGAACGAGCCCCAGAAUACAGCUGGUGCUCCAGGCCGGAACCGAGGUGUGGACCUGCAGGAGAACAACCCAGCCAGCCGGAGCCAGUGCUGCAGCAACUGAGCCCCCUGCCUGCCACUGCCCCCACUCCUCCGCCAGAAUGACCCGACUGGAAUUAACCAACCGCACUUAACGACUCGGGCCACCAUCGGGGGCAGGGGAGGGGUCCACCAUGAUUUCUCCGCAUAACUUUGAUCCUAGGCCGGAGGGAGUUAUUCCACCUGCACCUUUCUGUACAAAUACUAAUUCAAUUUUAAGUCUUAAGUCACUUUUUUAAUAUAUAUGAUCUGCUCUUCCCAUUCCCCCCUUUCUACUGCUCUCCUACUUGUCCUUGGCUGGUAGUCACCACCUGCUCCUGGUCUCCCUCGGCUGUGGGGAUGGGAAGUUGGAGCAGUUACCCUUUUCCUUUUGCUGGAGCACAGACUCGGCAAGACCACCUAUAUCCUUACCUUGGGGAUGGUCUUGGUCCAGGGCAGUGGGCAUGCCCUGGGCUGGGGAAGGGACAGGCAGCUCUUCCCUCACCUGACUGUCAUCAGGCUGCAGCCCCCUCCCCACCUGACUCCCAGUGGGAGAGAAACCGCAGCAUUACCGCAGCAUCAUUGUGACAGCCACACCCAUUUGCCCACGACCUUACCACCCUCGGUCACCCUGACCUCUGGCUCUGAGCCCUGUUCUGACCAAAUCACGAUGAUGAGUAUUUGGGGGUGGGUGGGUAAGGGGGGAGUGGGAGGGAAUGGAACCAACUUUUUCUGUAUUUUGUAUUGUAUGUUUUCUUCAACAUGUAACCAAUCAGUAUCUUGUCAAUAUAGUCAGCCGAUCGAUCGACCUCA